UCUCUGACAACAUCUGCUUUCCUGUUCCUGCAGGAAUUUGCACGCCUUGUUGACAGAGCAAACCCAAAAGUUGCAGCUUCUGCUGGAGGAGGUGGCUCAGCUGGAGGUGGAGAUAAGCAGUUUGAAGAAGGAGAGGCAGGAGGUGAACCCGGCAGCACUGGAGUUGGCUUUGGAAGUCUUCGUCGGAAGAUCUGACUGGGCCCUGAAAAGUUCUGGUGCCACCAUUGACAUGCAGAGAACUUCAAAGACCUAUGACUGCAAAGAGAAUUGGGGCUGCAGGGUUUUAUGGUUCUUCCACACUCCCAACCCUCCUGAUACGAUUUUGGAGCCGGAUAUUUCCCCAGGAAACUGCUGGCCAUUACAAGGGCACCAGGGCCAGGUGGUCAUCAGGUUGCGAGCACGAGUCCAUCUGACUGCUGUCAGUGUGCAGCACAUCUACAAAGAGGUCUCUCCAUCCGGGACCGUCACCAGUGCCCCCCGAGACAUCGCUGUCUUUAACACGCACAGAGCCUUUGCGCACAUCAAACUUAUUGUGAAGAGCAACUGGGGAAACACAGCCUACACCUGCAUUUAUCGAGUGCAGGUUCAUGGAAAGAUGGAAGAACAAGAAAACCUCAGCUGAAACCAGACAAGAAAAAGAGCACAAAUAAAAAAGAGAAAUGAGGGAGGAGGGAUAAAUGGUUUGUCAGAUCAGAGUGGUGUAGAGGAUCUGUCUCUAAAGUAAGGUGUGCAGGAAGGUCCACUGGGGGAUGGGUAGCAGCACCCGCUGACAGGGCUACAGGGCAGCCUGCAGGCAGCGGAUGUGGGUCACCCACAACCCUUGGGACAGC